ACUCACUCACUCACUCACUCACUCACUCACUCACAAGUGUUCACUAACUUUACACACAACCGCAUCAUGAGUAGUACAUAGUUGACGUAGUAUAGUCCAUAUGUAGCUUAGUAGCGUCAAAUCAUAUCGCUACACGUUUACAUCUUCCCUUCAUUCAUUCCCAUUCCGUUCCCCCGCCCCGUCUCUCUAUUCUUUCAAACCUGCUUCAUAUUCAAGCUGUCUUUUUCCAAUUUCUCUUUUUUAUUUUAUUUUCAAAACCAAUAUAAAUACCAAAAAUCAUUAUUGUUUUUAGCAUAAAAAGAAAACAAAAAAUUCAAAACUCCAAACCCUUCUUCUUUCUCUCUCCCUCAAAUCUCUCUCUCUCCCUCAAAUCUCUCUCUAGAAUCUCCGUCUGUGUCUAGGGUUUUUGUAGUCGUACACUGCACACUACAGUACGCACCACUUUUACUCCUCUACUCUAGGGUUUUAUCAUUCAUCAUCUUCUUCUUCAUCUUCCGCCAUGGCUGCGGAGAAGCUCAGAGAUUUGACUCAACCGAUUGAUGUACCUUUGCUCGAUGCUACCGUCGCCGCCUUCUAUGGCACCGGAUCUAAGCAAGAGAGAAGUGCUGCUGAUUCGAUUUUGCGGGACUUGCAAAAUAAUCCUGACAUGUGGCUUCAAGUUAUGCAUAUCUUGCAGAAUACUCAAAAUUUGAAUACCAAGUUCUUUGCCUUACAGGUUCUAGAAGGUGUAAUUAAAUACAGAUGGAAUGCAUUACCUGCUGAGCAACGAGAUGGGAUGAAAAAUUUCAUCUCAGAUAUUAUUGUACAGCUUUCUAGCAACGAGGCCUCAUUUCGAAUGGAGAGGUUGUAUGUCAACAAACUCAACAUUAUAUUAGUUCAGAUUUUGAAGCACGAGUGGCCAGCAAGAUGGCGAAGCUUCAUUCCUGAUCUUGUCUCAGCAGCUAAAACUAGUGAAACAAUCUGCGAGAAUUGCAUGGCUAUAUUGAAACUUUUGAGUGAAGAGGUUUUUGAUUUUUCGAGAGGAGAAAUGACACAGCAGAAGAUAAAAGAGCUUAAACAAUCAUUGAACAGUGAAUUUCAACUCAUACAUGAGUUAUGCCUGUAUGUGCUAUCAGCAUCCCAAAGGGCCGAGCUCAUACGCGCUACACUGUCCACAUUACAUGCCUUCUUAUCAUGGAUUCCCUUGGGUUAUAUAUUUGAAUCACCGUUGCUUGAGACACUUCUAAAGUUUUUCCCGGUUCCGGCAUAUCGGAACCUAACAUUGCAAUGUUUAACAGAGGUGGCAUCCCUUCAAUUUGGGAGUUUUUAUGAUGUGCAGUAUGUCAAGAUGUAUGGCAUAUUCAUGGGUCAAUUGCAGAGCAUACUCCCGCCUACCACAAAUAUACCUGAGGCAUAUGCAAAUGGCUCUACUGAAGAACAAUCAUUUAUACAGAACCUGGCACUGUUCUUCACCUCAUUUUAUAAGGUUCACAUCCGCAUCUUGGAAUACACUCAAGAGAAUAUAUCAAAUUUGCUAUUGGGCCUUGAAUAUCUUAUCAGCAUUUCAUAUGUAGACGAUACCGAGGUCUUUAAGGUUUGUUUGGACUACUGGAAUUCGUUGGUGUCAGAGCUGUUUGAGCCACACCGAAGUUUGGAUACUCCUGCAGCUUCUGCAAACAUGAUGGGACUUCAGGUACCGGCAAUGCUUCCUGGUAUGGUUGAUGGGCAUGGUUCUCAGCUUCUUCAACGUCGGCAACUUUAUGCUGGUUCCAUGUCAAAGUUGAGAAUGCUUAUGAUAUGUCGAAUGGCUAAACCUGAAGAGGUUCUCAUAGUUGAAGAUGAAAAUGGGAAUAUUGUCCGUGAAACCUUGAAGGACAAUGAUGUUCUUGUUCAAUAUAAGAUUAUGAGGGAGACUCUUAUUUACUUGUCACAUCUUGACCAUGAUGAUACUGAAAAGCAGAUGCUGAAGAAAUUAAGCAAACAACUCAGUGGAGAGGAUUGGACAUGGAACAAUUUGAACACACUCUGCUGGGCAAUCGGAUCAAUAUCUGGUUCCAUGAUAGAAGAACAGGAAAACAGGUUUUUGGUCAUGGUAAUUCGUGAUUUAUUAAAUCUGUGUGAAAUCACGAAGGGAAAAGAUAACAAAGCAGUUAUUGCAAGUAAUAUCAUGUAUGUUGUUGGUCAAUAUCCACGGUUUUUAAGAGCUCACUGGAAGUUUCUGAAAACUGUUGUUAACAAGUUGUUUGAGUUUAUGCAUGAGACACAUCCUGGAGUUCAGGAUAUGGCAUGUGACACUUUUUUGAAAAUAGUUCAGAAGUGCAAGCGAAAGUUUGUAAUCACCCAGGUUGGUGAAAAUGAGCCAUUUGUAUCUGAACUUCUAUCAGGCCUUCCCAUCACUAUUGCAGAUCUUGAACCCCAUCAGAUACACUCAUUCUAUGAAUCUGUUGCUCAUAUGAUUCAAGCAGAGUCUGAUGCACUAAAGAGGGAUGAAUAUAUUCAGCGUUUGAUGCAGCUCCCAAAUCAGAAAUGGAUGGAAAUUAUAGGUCAGGCACAUCAAAAUGUUGAGUUUUUGAAGGAUCAAGAUGUAAUACGGACGGUGCUUAAUAUAUUACAGACAAAUACAAGUGUUGCAUCUUCUUUAGGGACAUUUUUCCUGCCCCAGAUCUCAACGAUCUUCUUGGACAUGUUGAAUGUGUACAGAAUGUACAGUGAGCUUAUUUCAAAAAGUAUUUCAGAAGGGGGACCUUAUGCAUCUAAAACAUCAUAUGUGAAACUUCUACGUUCGGUUAAGAGGGAGACACUUAAACUGAUUGAGACAUUCUUGGAUAAGGCUGAAGAUCAACCACAGAUUGGAAAACAGUUUGUGCCGCCAAUGAUGGAUCCUGUUCUGGGAGAUUAUGCUAGGAAUGUUCCUGAUGCAAGGGAAUCAGAGGUUUUGUCCCUUUUUGCCACAAUAGUAAACAAAUAUAAAGCUACAAUGAUCGAAGAUGUACCCCGCAUAUUUGAAGCUGUUUUUCAGUGCACACUAGAGAUGAUUACAAAAAAUUUUGAGGAUUACCCAGAGCACCGGCUUAAGUUCUUCUCUCUACUCCGAGCCAUAGCUACUCAUUGUUUUCCUGCACUAAUCUGCUUGUCAAGUCAGCAAUUGAAGCUUGUUAUGGAUUCAAUCAUGUGGGCAUUUCGGCAUACAGAAAGGAAUAUUGCUGAAACAGGGCUGAACCUGUUGUUGGAGAUGCUGAAGAAGUUUCAGGGCUCAGAGUUCUGUAAUCAGUUCUACCGGACUUAUUUCUUGGCAACUGAGAAUGAGAUAUUUGCUGUCUUAACUGAUACUUUUCAUAAGCCUGGGUUCAAAUUACACGUCUUGGUGCUUCAACAUUUGUUUUGUCUGCUAGAAAGUGGUGCGCUAACGGAGCCCCUUUGGGAUGUUGCUACAAGUCCACAUUCAUACCCAAGUAAUGCAAUUUUUGUACGUGAAUAUACUAUAAAGCUUCUAAGUGCUUCUUUUCCGAACAUGACAACUGCUGAGGUUUCCCAAUUUGUUAAUGGACUCUUCGAGUCUACAAAUGAUCUCUCUACAUUUAAAACCCAUAUACGAGAUUUUCUUAUACAGUCAAAAGAAUUUUCGGCACAGGAUAACAAAGAUCUCUAUGCCGAAGAGGCUGCAGCUCAGAGAGAGAGAGAACGGCAAAGAAUGCUUUCGAUUCCUGGGCUGAUUGCCCCAAGUGAGUUGCAAGAUGAAAUGGUGGACUCAUAGGUAGAUCAGCAUGGAAGUUAAUAUUAAUACCAUGGGCAUUUUAGUGUAUUUCACAGGCUCCCUUAAAAGUAACUUUGAGAAUAGAUGCAGCAUUUUCCUCCAAGUUUAGCUUUUCUUCUCUUCCGAAUAUUUUAUGUUGGGGCUAGAUUGGUGAAGGUUCCUGAUUUUCAGAGUUUUAGCUAUACGGGGAUAUUGCUUGUCCAUGGGGUGAGUGUAGAUUAUUGAUUUACUAAUUGAGGAUGAUAAUGUUGGGUCAUUUGUAAGGAAUUGAUUUAGACAUCUUCGUAUCGAACGAAGAUGGAAGACUCGUUUUGGAGGGAUAUGAUGUGACUCUUUAGGUGUGGCCUCCUAACUUCUGGUGGUUUGUGCAGAAAACCCUUGUGGUUUUAUAUUUUGUUUUUUUUUUUUUUUGCUUCAAUUAAUUAUUAGGGAUACCAAUGUACCGGGUGCAUUUAAGAUAUGGUUUCAUGAAUGUUAGUGUUA